AUGUCGAACCCACCACCCAAUCAUCUCGGCCUUCCAAAAACACAAAAAGCCGUAGUCUGUCCGGGCCCCGGACAACCAUGGGAGCUAAUUGAUGACUUCCCUGUACCCACUCCAGGACCACACGAUGUCCUUAUCAAAGUUAUUGCUGUUGGAUUAUGUGGAGGAGAUGGCGUUUUGCGUACCGGUGGAAUGCCAGGGUUGAAUUACCCUGUAGUGGCAGGGCACGAGAUCGUAGGACGGGUGGCCGCACUCGGAAGUGACGUUGAACAGUUCAGCGGAACAUCAAUAUGGAAAUGGACCAUCGGACAGAGGGUCGGAGUUGGUUGGAAUGCAGGAAGGUGCCAAAAAUGUUAUUAUUGCAGAGCAGGGAACCCACAAGGGUGCGGGAUGGCCCAUGCAACGGCUCUUACUCGAGACGGCGGCCUCGCAGAGUACAUGGUAGCCCAUUUUACCGCUCUUGUCCCUUACCCCGAUGAACUUUCUCCGCUUCAAGCACCGCUCCUGUGCGCCGGAUUAACAUGCUUCAACUCCUUGCGUCAUACUCGUGCAAAACCAGGGGACAGUGCGCUAAUUAUAGGGUGCGGUGGCUUGGGGCAUGUGGCGAUUUCACUCACUCGCGCGAUGGGACUUCGACCUAUUGUUCUCUCGCGCACAGAGGCCAAGCGAAAAUACGCAAUGGAGCUUGGAGCAGAGGCGUUUAUUGCUAGUCAAGCUUGGCCUGCCACACAGGACGAGCCUGAAGAUCCUCUAACCAAAGAAAUCAUUAGAGUUGCUGAUAGUCCCUUUGGGUGCUCAGGUCCAGGGGGUGUCAAUAUUGUAUUGCAGACUGCGCCAGAAGAAGAGACGCUGAGGCGAGUAACAGGGGCGCUGGCAAUGGAUGCUGAAAUUAUAUUGCUUUCGGAGCCGGAUUCGAUGAAAAUCGAUUUACCUCUGAUGCCGUUCUUAAUCAAACGAGCCUCCAUACGCGGGUGGACGGCGGGUGUUCCAACUGAUGCACACGACACCCUUCGCUUUUGCGUACAGAGCGGUGUACGCUGCAUCGUUGAGACAACAACAAUGGAGAAUGCAGAAACCGCAUACACCAACAUGAGCAAGGCACUGUUCCGUACCGUCGUUGUCAUUGAUCCCUCUCAAGCAGGUAAAUAA